AUGGCCAAGAAAACAUCGGCUUGUUCUGAUUACUGUGCCGGUCAAUCAAUCUCAACUUCGACUGGCUUCAACUUCAAAGGAAAGGGCUGGCAAUUGUGCAAUUGUCCGAUUGGACAAGGAUCGCAUUUCUGGCAGGGCACUGGUUGCUACAAUCAAUGCGUUAGUCGAUGCACGUCGUUGAGGGGAAAUUGCGCGAACCCGAAAACGACCAACACCGACUAUAAAGGACUCUGUUGUACGACUGCAAACGUAAACACAACGAUAAACACCGACUGUUUCACUUCAUCCAAUGCCGCGUGCACAAGCACUGGAAUGGGA